AUGGUUCUUCGGCGGCUACUGGCCGCCCUGCUGUACAGCCCGCAGCUGGUGGAGCGUCUGUCCGAGUCUAAGCCCAUCCGGCGUGCGGCGCAGCUCACGGCCUUCGCGCUGAUGCAGGCCCAGCUGCGCGGCCAGGACGCAGCCCGGCGUCUUCGAGCCCUGGCGGCUGGGCCCGCGGGCUCCCUAGGUCGCCGCGCUGCCCGCUUCAGAGACACCUUCACUCAGGAGCUGCGCCGCGGCCUCCGGGAACGCCCGGGGUCACCGCCAGGUAGCCAGAGGGGCCCGGGCGCUAACCCCUAAACCAGGCUGGGCCGGGCCAGGGUCGCCGGCUUUCCCUUCUGGGCUCGACGCGGGCCUCGGCGCUAAGCAGUCAUCCUGGGCACUGAGCACGGCUUUGAAUCCUGAGUCAGACUGUCGGCUUUCAGAGGUCUCAUUCGUCAGAGAGCCCAGGCCAAACCGACAUCCCCGGGGAAGCGCUGUGAUCGGACUGGGCACGGCGUGAAGAAAGCCCCCCAAGCCCGGGCCCUGAUACACCACGUAGAGAGAGCCAUGACCCGAACCACAGCCCGAAGGAGUCUGCCCUGUGCGCAUGGGACUAAAACUCGUGUUCAAUGAAGCCGCCUCUGCGCUGAUAGAGCAGCGCGCUACUUCCAGGGGAGAGCAUGGAUGGAAAGACACAGCUGCCAAAAUCCUCUGAUUAAAUGUGUGAGCCGA